GCGAGCCACUGCUGAGGAGGUCAGCGUCUCUCCUGGCCCAAGCCAUGAGGUCCCUGGUAGCCUUCAUCUGCCUAGCUCAGCUUCUGAGCUGGGCCGCUGCUCGGAGUCCCGUGCCCCCCGUGAGGGACCCGAACUGUGACGACCUAGAUGUGGAACAAGCCGCCUUGGCGGCCGUGCAGUAUGUCAACAACAACCACAGGCACGGGUACAAGUACACCCUGAAUCAGGUGGACAAGGCCAGAGUGUACCAGCGGAGGCCCUCGGGAGAGAUAUACCUACUGGAGAUAGACUUGUUGGAGACCACCUGCCACGUGCUGGACCCAACCCCACUGGAAAACUGCACUGUGAGGCAGCUGGCAGAGCACGCUGUGGAAGGAGACUGUGAUGUCAGCGUGCUGAAAGUCGAUAACCAGCUUAUAGUAACGAAUGCCAAAUGCGAGUCCAGUCCAGACUCAGCAGAAGACGUUCACAAAAUCUGCCCCAACUGUCCCCUGCUGGCCCCCCUCAACGACACCAAGGUGGUCCACGCUGUUGACGCUGCCCUGACUGCCUUCAAUGCCCAGAACCACAGCAACUAUUUCAAGCUGCUGGAGAUCUCCAGGGCUCAGUACUCACCCCUUCAGUCUUCAGUCUAUACAGAGUUUGUGACUGUGCCCACUGACUGUGCGCCCACAGGCGUGACUGACCCGGCCGCCUGCAACCCGCUGCCAAACCAGCAUGGCUUCUGCAAGGCUACACUCACCGAGAAAGCCGGCGGCGGGGAGGAUGUCGCUGCCACCUGCACCGUCUUCGCAGCUGCGCCUGACGUUCCCGCACCCCAACCUGAUGGAGCAGGACCCUCCCCGGGACCCGCUGUGGCUGCCGGACCCGCUGUGGCUCUUGGACCUCUUCUGGUGGACGCACCUGCUGUACUUCCUGCAAAGCCCAUUUUGAGCCACUUGCCCCAUCACGACCUCAGACAUUCUAUUGUUGGGGGGGGCUCCUUCGAAUCUGCCUCUGGAGAGCGUGGCCUUAAUGCCGGGCCCGUGGCACCAGGGCCCGUGGCACCAGGGCCCGGGCCCGCCGCAGCAGCGAUCCCUCUCUGUCCAGGACGGAUCAGGCAUUUCAAGGUCUAAUCUCCUUCCCAGCUCUGGAAUUAAGCCAUUGAUGCCAAGUUUUCCUAUCUUCACAACUAUAGCUGAGGGGGAUAGGAAACAGGGGCGCCAUUUUGUCAAAACUGGGGACUGGGGUGGGAGUUCAGGGAGGAAACGGCCUUUUUUGGGUGUUUCUCCUAGCUCAGGCUGGGGGGGGGCAAGAAAAAAAUGUCUAAAUCCUCCUUCCUUCCCAUCCCUUCUAAGACAGGAGGGGACGGAGGGAUGGUCACAUUGGAUGGGCAGGGCUAGAGACUCCCCAGUCCUGAGCAAGGCUCCCCGUGCCCUGACUUGACACCCAAUAGACACUAGAUGGUAGUCACUGUCCGCUCUGCCUUCCGGGUUGAUCCGUCACAGCAAAAAGAAAUGUGAUUUGAGAGGUGCUAUUGCCAAGCUUGUGGCUUCCUGUUAAGAAAACUACCUUAAUAAACAAAAGUUCUGAAAGGA